CAGCUUAAAACCAUAUAUUUAAACCCCUUCAUUGCAGGUGUUGUAAAUUUGAAUGAAAUACUGUGCCACCAUAAAUCCGCUCAAUUUGUGCACAAUAAUGGUGCUUCAAGGUUUUCCACAUGAACAUUAAUGGAGUUAGAAGAGAAGACAAUGAACCGUGUGGAUCAGCAGGGGCACCCGGAGCCGGAUAUGGAGCUAACCCGGGAGCGAAAAGGCCGGAAAGUUCCCGUGCUUUAUUAUCUCUGCCGGAAUCAACAGCUUGAGCAUCCUCACUUUAUUGAAGUCACUCUCGUCUCACCGGAUGGUUUGUACUUGAGAGAUGUGAUUGAAAAGUUUGAUUCUCUAAGAGGAAGAGGCAUGGCUUCAAUGUAUUCAUGGUCUUGCAAGAGAAGCUACAAGAAUGCUUUUGUUUGGAAUGAUCUUGGUGAAGAUGACCUUAUUGUUCCUGCUCAUGAAAAUGAGUAUAUUCUUAAAGGCUCAGAACUUGUUGAAGAAAAUUAUUCAGGCCGCGCUAGAAACAUGAAAUUGCAAAGCUUACAAUUGUUAUCUGAACAACCGUCGUCGAUUACUCAAGACGAUUAUUCGUCUUCAACGAACGUAAUGGACGACGGUUGUCGCAGCUUGACAAAAUACAAGAUCUACAAGAGCACUCAUGGCCUUGCGGACGCUUCAACUCAAACGGAUGAACAUGUAAACGUACAACAAACGUGCACAAGAAGUCUGUUAACUGAUAAUGGACCUGUUGACUCAUUGACCAAUGACUCUCCAUCUUCAUCCGGUGCAUGCUCAUCCGCUUGCAAGACGGAUACAUUAGAAUCUUUAAUGAAAGCCGAUGAUCAUCACUUUCACACCUCUAAAAAAAUCGAAGAAGAAGAAGAAGAAGAAGACAAUGAUGAUGAAUAUCAAGUUCCAACCAACACGAAGAUCAGGGGACUGUUGCAACUAAUCUCAUGCGGGUCAGUUUCACCACAAGAUCACAACUUAAGUCAAAGUUUGACUUGCAGAUCGAAGUCCUUAGAUUCAAAAUCACGUAUAAUCUCGUCGUCAGUAAUGUUGGGUGAGCUAGAUUGCUUGUCUGAAAAUCGGAAAUAUACGGGUAUGCAAUUAGGAGAUAAGCAAUACUUCAGUGGGAGUUUGGUAGAGACAAAAUUGCUCAAGAACGAAGAAAUCCAUAAUCUAAAACGAUCGUCUUCCUUUAGUGCUAACAGGAUGAAGUGCACGCCUAGAUCGAUCAUGGGUUCGUUGAGCAGACAUUCUAAAAGUGCGUCAAUGAGAUUCUGUGAAAAUCCAAAUUCAUGCAUUCAAUCACCUUGCUUAUCCAACAACGGUAGCAACCGAAUCACUAGCUCGUGCUUAUCCAAGAAACCAUCUAAGAGAACCGAAUCCUUUGGAGAUAAUAAGGAGAAUGUGAUCAAAAUCGAAGAAAGGCUUUCUUCAGGAGCGCGAGUCAUCAUCCACUUGGAAGCUAAUGAUUGUCCCGCGUUAAGUUAAGGUAGUUUUAGAGACAAACUUACCUGGUUAAUGAUUCACGAGGGGUUUUUUAGUCAAUUCACUCUUUAAAUUUGACAAAAAAGUGAACCAAAAUAUGGAAGAAAUAGUGUUGGAUUGGUUCUUUA